AUGAUAAGUGUCAAAAGUUUCCUUGUGGGGAUGUUGAGGAGUGCAUUCGUAGUGGCCUUCCUCAGCAUACCAAACCCCGUGUCCGCUUUAACAGGAUUUAAAAGCUGGUCGAGGAAGGCUUUAUAUCAUAAGGUCGAUCUCUGCACCCAAUCGUGCUACAGCCAAAUAAUCCCUGGACUCUAUUUAAGCAAUGCACGCGCGGCAGCAGACAGAAAUGUUCUCCGACAUCUCAAUAUCACCCAUGUCCUCACAGUGGAAGCUCAUAGGUUACCGAAGACAACGUUCUUGGAUACGAAUAUCAAUACCUUAUUCAUCAGAGCCUUCGACACUCCAAACACCAACCUCUUAGCGUAUUUCCCUAUGUCCAAUGCUUUCAUAGAAGAAGGUCUCCAAAAAGGAAAUGUUAUUGUCCAUUGUCACUUCGGAGUAUCGCGAUCAGCGACUUUGGUGAUAGCAUUUAUUAUGCAAAAGUAUAAAAUAUCAUAUGAGCAGGCUUUUAACUUUGUACGUCAAAGGCGAAGAUUCAUCAACCCAAACCCAGGUUUCGUCAGCCAGCUAAAAGAAUAUCAGAGAUUGAAUUAUGACGUGAACGGUUUCCAGAGGUUCGAAGCGUUUAUGAACGUGAAUGCAAGAAGGCACAAGUAUAAAAUCGCAUCUUUGGCUGCUGUAGUAGUUGGAGUUCUGGUACCGUUGGCAGUUCUCAUCGUUUAA